AUGGAUGAUAUACGAUUGCCGAGUUUUACGCUGCGUUACCACUCCUCGGAUGUGACAGCUCUUCAAUUCAUUGAUCUGCGGCCGGAUCGUGCUGUACCAGGACUGUUAUCAGGAGAUGCUUCAGGUCAAAUAGCGCUUUGGGACGUUAUAAUAAGAAGGCCGCUCAUGACCCAAGCUAUUGAGGGUAGUUCUGAAAUAGUUUCAAUACAGGUGAUUGAUGAUAACCUUAUUGCCAUUCUUUCAAAGGAUCAUAAAAUGCGCAUCUUUCGAUUGCUCAAAGCGACUACAAGUAUCAUAAGACCGCAACAGGGUUCGCCUAAGCAAUCUUCGAAUUAUGAAUUACAGGAAUGUUACCACAUCCCAAUAAAUACCUUGAAUUUUGCCAACUUUCUAGUGCGAAAGUUAGGAGAUUCAUUUUACAGAUUGAUUUGCUGCAAUACACAAAAUUCGGAAUCCAUUGAUAUAUACACAUUUCAUUUAUCAGAUUUACACUCUUUGUGUAGAAUUCACAAAGGUAUCAAUUUCUAUGACCACGUCAAGCCAUUGGCUGCAAAUUUUGAUUCUUCCAAAGUGAAUAAAUUAGGAAUCGUAAUGAAGUUUGCCCAAAGGGACGAAAUAACGUAUUGUGGCUUUGAAAGUGGCUAUAUUAUUGGAUUUAGACUAUGCGAAAACUCAGACCCAAAAAAUCGAAAUGAAAAUAUACACGGCUACGUGGCAAAUACUAUAGAGGUUGUGUAUGUAUCUGCUGUGCACUAUCCCAAUCCCGUCCUUGACUUGUAUGCUGGAAAACAUGCGGUAUUGUCGUCAUCAGUCGACGAUGUUAUUGGUAUACACCAAAUAGACGUCGAUUUUAAGAGACAGCAGAAAGAUCGCUAUUUAUCAGAGAUGAACGAAUCGGUUGUAUGCAGGGAAGAUUUGGUAUUGAAAGGUGAUGUUUCAAGAAAAGUUCCACUGUCGCAAGUUGGUCACGUCAUAGAAAUUGAAGAUUAUCUUAUUCUGGCGAGCUGGUCGGGGAAUACCAUAGUAGUUGAUUCAACGGGAAUGGUCCACAUGAAGUUCCUGAAGUCUAAAUCAAACGUUUUGGUAAAUGAAUCUCCGCAGGGAUCAUUGCAGGAGGAUAAUCAAUUGCACAAAAAGCAAAGUAGCUGUAUUAAAGUUUGUAGCAUCGCAGGAAUUAGCAAAUGUCACCUCGCUGAAGAUCUGAGCACGAUAUUAAGCCUCGGGCAACGACGCAGGAUCAAACACUUCACAAGUGCAUGCUGGUGUUUAAUAGGGUAUGCAGAUGGUAGUAUUGCAGUUCAGCAUUUAUGA